AUGCUCCGUCGUGCGCCCACCACCAGUGAUGGGAAAGUUGUCAACCCACUACAGAGCUCUCGGGUCAACAAACCUUUCCGGCCACCGACUCCCCUCGUGCCUGUUGCUCGUAACCAGCCCGUACGGAAGCGAAAACGAGUGUCGUACAAGGGGCAGGAAGAGGAGGAUUCUGACGAGGAUGAGAAUGGGCGAAAGAAGAAGAAGAAGACAGAUAACCGGGACAAGGAUGGGAACUAUCACAACGAGGAGGAACUGCUCGCCAUGGUGAAGCAGUAUCCUGUUUACACGCCCAAGCCCUUUGGACAAGUCGGGUCCCGCCGUUUCUCCAUGCCCUCCAUGACAAAUCGCGAAGGGAAAUUAGUGAAUCACUUUCCGACGAAUGUGUCUCUCGGCCUGCGUCCUCAGGUCAAAUUGAUUCCACGUCCUCUCCACGAUCCUAUGGAUGGGCAUGCCAUUGUUUUGUACGACCCGACGAUUGACGACCGAGAGACCGAAGAGGAGAAGCGGGAUCGAUUAGCGGAAGAAGCAAAAGCGAAAGCCGCUGAUGAGGCGAGAGAGAAGACGGCGGGAAUGUUCAAUCCUCACAAGAGCUUGAAGGCCAUGCUGGGUGAGGGUAAGGAAAAGACGAAGUUAGAUAAAGUUCCAGUCGUCAUCGAUCCACGGUUGUCCAAAGUCUUGCGUCCACAUCAGGUUGAGGGUGUUAAAUUCUUAUACAAAUGCACGACGGGAAUGUUGGUGGACAAUCAGUACGGUUGCAUCAUGGCCGAUGAGAUGGGGCUCGGAAAGACUCUGCAAUGCAUUGCUUUACUGUGGACUUUGGUCAAGCAAUCGCCCCAUCCAGGGAAGCCUUCAAUAGAUAAAUGCAUCAUCGCCUGCCCUGCUAGUCUCGUCAAGAACUGGGCGAACGAGUUGGUCAAGUGGCUCGGUAAAGACGCGAUUUCCGCCUUGGCAAUAGAUGGGAAGAGUGGUCAGGCUGAAAAGGUUCAACAGUGGGUGGCAGCGAGUGGCAGGAACGUCACGCAGCCAGUCAUGAUCGUUUCGUACGAAUCACUGCGAAAUCUGACGGUCCACCUUACAAAUUGUAACAUCGGGCUCUUGCUUUGCGAUGAAGGGCACAGACUGAAGAAUGCCGAUUCUCUGACAUACCAGGCGCUGAAUGCUAUGAAUGUGAAACGGAGAGUGAUCCUCACUGGAACACCCAUCCAGAACGAUCUCACCGAAUACUUCUCUCUCCUUGACUUCGCCAACCCCAACUAUCUGGGCUCAAAAGCUGACUUCCGGAAGAACUUUGAGAAUCAUAUUGUCCGAGGGCGUGAUUCUGAGGCCACCGAUGCUGCGAGGGCCACCAGUGAAGAGAAGUUGAAACAAUUGGGCGGCCUUGUCACCAAAUUCAUCAUCAGGCGCACAAACGAUCUGCUUUCGAAAUACUUGCCUGUCAAGUAUGAACAAGUUGUCUUCUGCAAGCCAUCUGCCCUGCAACUCAAUCUGUAUCGCUUGUUUAUCAAGUCUCCCGAAAUCCAAGCUCUUCUCCGGGGGAAAGAUUCACAGCCGCUGAAAGCGAUCAACUUGCUCAAGAAGUUGUGCAAUCACCCCGAGCUUUUAAAUCUACCAGAAGAUCUGCAUGGAUCUGGAGAGUUUCUCCCCGAUGACUUUCCUCAGGACGAGAGGAGCAGAAGUCGAAACCAAAUUGUCAAGUGUGACUUGAGCGGCAAGUUUCUUGUGCUGGAGCGAUUCUUGCGCAACCUGCGGGCCAACACGGACGACAAGAUCGUGCUCAUUAGCAAUUAUACCCAAACAAUGGACAUGUUCGAGAAGUUGUGCAGAAACAACAAGUACGGGUACUUCCGACUAGAUGGCUCGAUGAGCAUUAUCAAGCGCCAGAAGAUGGUAGAUCAAUUCAAUGAUCCAGAGGGCAAAGAACGCGUUUUUCUUCUGAGUAGCAAGGCCGGAGGCUGCGGUAUCAACCUGAUUGGCGCCAAUCGACUUAUCCUCUUCGAUCCGGAUUGGAAUCCCGCUUCAGAUCAGCAAGCGCUUGCCCGAGUCUGGCGUGACGGCCAGAAGAAAGAAUGUUUCGUCUACCGCUUCAUCACUACUGGAACGAUCGAAGAGAAGAUCUUCCAGCGGCAAGCGAGCAAGCAAGCAUUGUCGUCUGCAGUCGUCGACGAGCUGCAAGAUGUGGAGCGGCACUUCUCGACUGAUGCUCUGCGGAAGCUCUUUCUCUUCAACGAGACAACGCUCUCAGAAACACACGAGACGUUCAAAUGCAAACGAUGUAAAGAAGGAAAGCAGAUUCUCAAAGCCCAGGCGCUACUUUACGGCGAUGCAAGCACAUGGAACCACUUCACAAACUUUGAGCUCAAGAACAAUCACGACGACUUGCUCAGGGCUGAAGUUGGACUGCCCGAAGUUUCGUUCGUUUUUCAGUACAUAUCACACUUCAACUAG